AUAAAUGCCCAGACAGAGAGGGGGUGAGCUGACACUGUCCCAGCUGCCACCUAGACUCCGAGCUCACUCAAACCCCCAGCGAAGACAUCACAGCCAUGGCCAUGCAGAAAAUCUUUGCCCGGGAAAUCCUGGACUCCAGGGGCAACCCCACGGUGGAGGUAGACCUGUACACAGCCAAGGGCCGAUUCAGAGCAGCUGUGCCCAGCGGAGCUUCCACUGGUAUAUAUGAAGCUCUGGAACUGAGAGAUGGAGACAAAUCUCGCUACCUGGGGAAAGGGGUCCUGAAAGCCGUGGAACACAUCAACAAGACUCUAGGCCCUGCUCUGCUGGAAAAGAAACUCAGUGUUGUGGAUCAAGAAAAAGUUGACAAAUUUAUGAUCGAGCUGGAUGGGACAGAGAAUAAGUCCAAGUUUGGGGCCAAUGCCAUCCUGGGCGUGUCCCUGGCUGUGUGCAAGGCUGGAGCAGCUGAGAAGGGGGUCCCCCUCUAUAGACACAUCGCAGAUCUUGCAGGGAACCCGGACCUGGUCCUCCCAGUCCCUGCCUUCAAUGUGAUCAACGGCGGCUCCCAUGCUGGUAACAAGCUGGCCAUGCAGGAGUUCAUGAUUCUGCCCGUGGGUGCCAGCUCCUUCAAAGAAGCCAUGCGCAUUGGUGCUGAGGUCUACCACCACCUCAAGGGGGUCAUUAAGGCCAAGUAUGGGAAGGACGCCACCAAUGUGGGUGAUGAGGGAGGUUUCGCACCUAACAUCCUGGAGAACAAUGAGGCCCUGGAGCUGCUGAAGACGGCCAUCCAGGCGGCUGGGUACCCAGACAAGGUGGUGAUUGGUAUGGAUGUGGCAGCAUCUGAGUUCUUUCGAAAUGGGAAGUACGAUCUUGACUUUAAGUCACCUGAUGACCCCUCCCGGCACAUCUCUGGGGAAAAGCUGGGAGAAUUAUACAAGAGUUUCAUCAAGAACUAUCCUGUGGUCUCCAUUGAGGACCCCUUUGACCAGGAUGACUGGGCCACCUGGACCUCAUUCCUCUCGGGGGUCGACAUCCAGAUUGUGGGGGAUGACCUCACAGUCACCAACCCCAAGAGGAUUGCCCAGGCCGUUGAGAAGAAGGCUUGCAACUGCUUGCUGCUGAAAGUCAACCAGAUUGGCUCGGUGACCGAGUCCAUCCAGGCCUGCAAAUUGGCUCAGUCUAAUGGCUGGGGGGUGAUGGUGAGCCACCGAUCUGGAGAGACUGAGGACACGUUCAUCGCUGACCUCGUGGUGGGGCUCUGCACAGGACAGAUCAAGACUGGUGCCCCAUGCCGAUCAGAGCGUCUGGCCAAAUACAACCAACUCAUGAGGAUUGAGGAGGCUCUCGGGGACAAGGCUGUCUUUGCUGGACGCAAAUUCCGUAACCCGAAGGCCAAGUGAGAAGCUGGAGGCCUCAGGACACCAUAGGAAAGAGGCAGGCCUUUAAGCCUUCCAGCUGAAAUAAAGACUGGUGCCAACCA